AAUGACAGUGAUCAGCACCUGUAGUGCGUUAUAGCCAGUGCUAUGUGACAGUGUAUAUGGCUGUAACAGCAAUAUGCCCUGAAGAAAGAUGGCGCUGGGGGUGUCAGUAUACGCAGCAGUUGUACAUGACAGCUACUUGUUGUUGGAUUCUGUUUAAUACAAGUACAAUAUAGCUCAGACGCCUGAGUGGUGUUGUUAAUAGGGUAACUUACGGAGGAACGCAUCAACAAACUUAUGCCCUUGCCAAAGAUGGCGAAUGCGCCCCUCCCUGGAAUCUCUUGGUAGCACACAGUUGUGGUGUCAGAUCAGGAAUGAAGUUACAGUGCACCCUUGUCACUCUGUCCUUGUGACACACUGAGACCUCCCAGCUCACAGGGACUUUGGAUUGGGAAGUGUACAGCAUAUAACAGGAGGAGAGAUGUUAGCCUUUAUAGUCAGAAGCAUGGCCAAGCCGGCUCGCCUGGUGAAGCCAGUGGCAUUGGUGAGGCUUCCCGGGAGGUACCUAUCACACCAAGAGGGUCUCCCACAUCUCCCAGUGCCUCAGCUCAAUCAGACCCUGGAGCGAUACCUGCUGGCACUAAAGCCACUAAUCAGUGAGGAGGAAUGGAGCCACACAAACACCCUGAUAGAGGAUUUCCAGACAUCCGGGGUGGGCGACCGACUGCAAAAAGGUCUAGAGAGGAGAGCCAAGAAGACUGAAAACUGGCUGUCAGACUGGUGGCUGCAGACGGCGUACCUGGAAUAUCGCAUGCCAGUUGUGGUUCACUCAAGCCCUGGAGUAGUUUUACCCAAGCAAGAUUUUGUGGACCGGCAAGGCCAGCUCAGGUUUGCUGCUAAGCUUAUUGAAGGCGUUCUGGAUUUCAAGACCAUGAUUGACAAUGAGACCCUGCCUGUGGAAUACCUCGGUGGAAAACCACUUUGUAUGAAUCAGUAUUACCAAAUACUGUCUUCUUGCCGGAUCCCGGGGCCCAAGAGGGACUCUGUCGUCAACUACAGUCAGGCGAAAAAGCCGCCCACUCACAUUACUGUGGUCCAUAAUUUUCAGUUCUUUGAGCUUGAUGUGUAUAACAGUGACGGCACGCCCCUCACCUCCGAUCAGAUAUUCAUCCAGCUGGAGAAGAUUUGGAGCACUUCCCUGCAAACCAAUAAAGAGCCUAUAGGGAUCCUGACGUCCAAUCAUCGGAACAGCUGGGCUAAAGCCUAUAACAAUCUCAUUAAAGAUAAAACUAACAAAGAGUCUGUGCGUACAAUCGAGAAGAGCAUAUUCACGGUUUGUCUGGAUGCCCCAAUACCAAGGGUCUCAGAUGACCACUACAAGAGUGGUGUUGCUGCACAAAUGCUGCACGGAGGCGGAAGUCGCUGGAACAGUGGGAAUCGAUGGUUUGACAAGACUCUGCAGUUUAUAGUUGCAGAAGACGGAUCGUGUGGGCUGGUGUAUGAACAUGCUCCUGCCGAGGGCCCCCCGAUUGUCGCAUUACUGGAUCACGUUGUGGAAUACACAAAUAAGCCAGAGCUGAUCCGAUCACCAAUGAUCCCGUUGCCAAUGCCGAAGAAACUGCGGUUUAACAUCACUCCUGAAAUCAAGAACGAUAUAGAGAAAGCUAAACAGAACCUCAACAUUAUGGUUCACGAUCUGGACGUUAAAGUCUUUGUCUUCAGCGUGUUUGGAAAAAACUUUCCCAAGGUAGAGAAGCUAAGUCCAGAUGCGUUUAUACAGGUGGCUCUGCAGCUGGCGUAUUAUCGGAUGUACGGCCGGUCAUGUGCCACUUACGAGAGCGCAUCUCUUCGCAUGUUUCGUCUUGGCAGGACAGACACCAUCCGCUCUGCCUCUGUGGAGUCCCUGAGGUUUGUGCAAGGAAUGGAAAACUCAGAGAAACAGAACCAAGAGAAGGUGGAUCUCCUAAGAAAAGCUGUGCAGGCUCAUCGGUUAUACACAGACACGGCAAUAAAUGGUAAAGCAAUAGAUCGACACCUGCUCGGUCUGAAGCUCCGAGCCAUAGAAGAUCUGGUCAGCAUGCCUGAACUUUUCAUGGAUACAUCAUAUGCCAUAGCCAUGCACUUUAACCUUUCAACCAGCCAGGUGCCAGCAAAGACUGAUUGUGUCAUGUGCUUUGGUCCUGUGGUACCUGAUGGAUACGGUGUCUGCUAUAACCCUAUGGAAGAUCACAUCAAUUUUUCGGUGUCUGCAUUUAACAGCUGUGCGGAGACUAAUGCAGCACGAUUGGCACAUUACUUGGAAAAAGCCCUGUGUGAUAUGCAACAGCUCAUUCAGCAAUCGCCAAAAUCCAAGCUCUAAACGUGAAGCACAUCUGUACGACAGAUCUAGAGACUAACAAUGUCUGUACCUUACAGUUCUUCUCAUUGCCCCGUGUAGGCUUUGACUUUUAAGUUGGUUCCUCUUGGGCAAAACAGAGUGGGUUAGAGGUGCACACUCGCCCUGUUCUGGGGUGUUUGUAAAAUAUAAAACCUGUCCGGAAACGGCAGAGGAUCCAUAGCUAUGCUUCUAUCGAAGUUAGAGUUGCCAGUACUAAAAGGAAGUCAACUAAACAACCAUUUGAUAAAAUCUCAAUUAACUUUACCUAAAACACAAAAGCAAUAUUUCAUUUGGGGGUUUGAGAGGAUUACAGUACAUUUUGUUUGUGUGCUCUUCAGCCUUAAUAACUAUGUGCCAUGUAGUUUGUUUUCCUGUUCUGUGAGAAAUGUAUAAAAACAGUAGACCUCUGUGAUCAGCGCCAGAUAAACACUGGGCAAGAAAUACAAUAUGAAAUUGCUCUUGUGUUUUUAUAUUGCUGUUCUGAUCAAUUUCUUAUGAGUGAGAUCACUAGAUGAUUAUUUUAAAUCUGGGAUUAACAAACCUAUGAAAUGUAGGAGCCAGCUUUAUUCUUGUUAAGAAGCCAGUGAUUUUGUAUAAAUGUAUUUAGACUAUAUAAAAAAAAUAGUCCUGGAUCAAGCUGCAGAAGUUUUGAUAUGGCUACUGAAAGGCCAGACGCAUUUGAAAAAUUUUAUUUAAUUGGGAGACUUGAUAGAUGAGAGAUUAUUUCUAUUUCACUGGAAACACUAAGAAUAGCAUUUUUGUGGGCUUUAAGGGACAGUCAAAUCCAAAGAAAACUUUCAUGAUUUUAAUAGGGAAUGUAAUUUUAAAUAACUUUCCAAUUUACUUUUAUCACCAAUUUUGCUUUGUUCUCUUGGUAUUCUUAGUUGAAAGCUAAUUCUAGGAGGUUCAUAUGCUAAUUUCUUAGACCUUGAAGACUGCCUCUAAUCUGAAUGAAUUUUGACCACUAGAGGGCAUUAGUUCAUGUGUUUCAUAUAGAUAACAUUGAGCUCAUGCAUGUUAAGUUAUCCUAUAAUGCAAGUCUGUCAAAAUAACUGAAAUAAGGGGGCAGUUUGCAGUGGUUUAGAUACAAGGUAAUCACAGAGCUAAAAAGUGUAUUUCCAUAACAGUGUUGGUUAUGCCAAACUGGGGAAUGGGUAAUAAAGGGAUUAUCUUUUUAAACAACACAAAUUCUGAUGUUGACUGUCCCUUUAAGUAAAACAUAGCCACAGUAAACUUGGCAAGUAUCUUGCAACCAACAAUAUGUAGGGAAGACUUUCCUACUGCUUUAUAUUACACAUAUUUUGGGUUUCACAUAAAUUGUAAUUUGCACAUUAGUCAUUUUAAAUGCUUUAAAGAGCUGGCACACCUAUGACUAUAAAUAUACAUAAGAGUCUACUAGAGAUGAGGAAAACAAGUAAAACUAGACUUUUUUUUUUUUUUUUUUUACAAACACGCCCACUAGAUUUUUGUAUUAGAUUUAUAAAAACGCAGCCAAUCAGCUGCCAUGUGUCUUUAAGACAGCACUGAAUGUAAUCUUCCAUGGAGAAGAAACCUUACAAAAAUGGUAAUAGAAUGGUCUUACUAUUACAAUCCAAUUUAUUUUGCUUGCUAAUUAACACAAUGUUUACUUUUGUUUUAAAUAGUACAAUCAGUUAAUUGUUAAACUUCUUGUUAUGGUCAUUUCUAAUAAAGCAUUCUAAAUUUGAA